AUGGCAUCAAGUAACAUAACAGGAAUUUCAGAAUUUCUUCUUAUGGGAUUCUCAGAAAAAACAAAAUUCCAGCCUCUCAUCUUUGGGCUUUUCCUCUGCAUAUACCUGAUCACUGUGUUUGGGAACCUGCUCAUCAUCCUGGCCGUCAGCUCAAACUCCCACCUCCACACCCCCAUGUACUUCUUCCUCUCCAACCUGUCCUUUGUAGACAUCUGUUUCAUCUCCACCACCAUCCCAAAGAUGCUGUGGAACAUCCAGACACAGAGCAAAGUUAUAACCUAUGAAGGCUGCAUCACUCAGUUGUAUUUUUUCACACUCUUUGCAGUAUUGGACAUCUUUCUCUUGACCAUGAUGGCCUAUGACCGCUUUGUGGCCAUCUGUCACCCCCUGCACUACAUGGUCAUCAUGAGCCUCCAGCUGUGUGGACUCCUGGUUCUGGUUAGCUGGAUCAUAAGUGUCCUGCAUUCCUUGCUCGAAAGCAUUAUGUUGUCACAACUGUCCUUCUGUACAGUCUUAGAAAUUCCACACUUUUUCUGUGAACUCAAUCUGUUGAUCCAACUUGCCAGUUCUGACACCUUUCUCAAUAAAGUGGUGAUGUAUUUUAUACCUCUGUUUCUGGCUGGUGGUUCCCUCAUUGGCAUCCUUUACUCUUACUCUAAGAUUGUUUCCUCCAUAUGGGGAAUCUCAUCAGUUCAAGGGAAGUAUAAAGCGUUUUCCACCUGUGCAUCUCACCUCUCAGUUGUUUUCUUAUUUUAUUGUACAGGUAUAGGAGUAUACCUUAGCACUGCUGCUACCCACAGCUCACACUCAAGUGCAGCAGUUUCGGUAAUGUACACCGUGGUCACACCCAUGCUGAACCCCUUCAUCUACUGUCUGAGAAAUAGAGACUUAAAGAAGGCUCUGAAAGUGCUCUUUGGAAAGGAAUCUAUAAAAGAAUCUAUUGCCCUAGGGCUUAAGAAGUGCCCGUAA